AUGCUAGAUGGGUUUGAGACUAGAGCAGCGUUCGCCCAAUGCAACUUUGCCUAUAGUAAAGGCCCAGGCUUCGAACCGAUCGUCUUUGAGGGUCGAACAGAAGGCCAUAUAGUACCCCCACGAGGUCCUUCAAAAUUCGGAUGGGACCCUGUUUUUGAGCCUCUUGAAGGCGAGGGCAAAACCGCAUUCAGCAGUAUGAUGAGCGAAGGACCUUCAAGCAAAGAGACGUCUUCUCUGAUCCUUGUAUCAUAUCAAGAACUCCACGAGUCUCUCCUUGCUUCAGAUGGAUUAAAAAAUAUCAAUAACAUCUUACAGGCGCGAUUGCCCCAACUUCGAAAGUGGGCCGAUCCAUUUGGUAAACCAUCCCUAGAGUCAAAAAAGGCCUUGGAAAGUGGAGAAGUUAAACUCAUUGAUGGGUCCAAAACACGAGUGUCGGAUGAAGAAAAAGAAGAGGCUUUGAAGAUUAGUGCUCGAUUCCAGCUUGACGAAAUCGAAGCUUUGGUGCUUCUUCGUUCAUGUUUUGCUCAUGCCGACCCCUCCAGUCUUGACCCUGACGCCAGUGGUCAUGCUGCAUACGAAUCCGAGCUCCAAGACGCUUUGGAAACCUAUUACUUUGAGCAACGACACCAUUUAUUGAGGGUCUUCUUGUCUCUUCUGGCAGCAAGCGUCGAUCCUGAUCACCCCUUCCAUACACCUGCGAUUGACGCCACACGAAGCCUUAUGCCGGAUUAUGGGUCUUUUUCUCUCGAUCUUUUAAACGAAAUUGACCGAAGGACCCGCCAGCCUCUACCUCUGUCGAUAAUUUCGCAGCCGUUAGCUGCCUCCCGCUGGGCUCGCCAGUCGAUCAGAGAGCAGCUAUGUUUGUUGGAGCUACUCUUCGCCGUUUUGUGGGAAAUCAACCCAUGCCCCUCGACGCUUGUGCUCCGGGUCUUCGAGGUUCUUUUUGCUUCGGAUUUUGGACAGACUCAAGCCGAUGCUAACAACCUAAUGGACGAAGAAGGAUCACAAUUACUGGCCGAUCUUGAGUGUUUCUGGGUGCUCAUUGUUCUUCAAACCAUUGCCCUAGAUGAUGUGAUAGGAAGGGACACGAUGAAGGAGGGCCUUCUGGAGGAUCCCAAGACACUUCUUUCCAUCCACAACCUUAUUAUCUCCUCGUUUCGUACAAAACCUCGGUAUAGUCCGUUGAUCAUGGGUUGGGGAAUUGUGCUCUUCCAUUUCACCAAUGCUACCACUCCUGAGCCAAGGUCUGGCCCACUUGCAACCUUUUUUGAUACAAUUGUUCCCCCUGUUCCAGCGACGCCUUUAUAUCAGCAAUGCGCAGAGAUCGCACUCAGCGAAGACUCUGGGCUAUUCCCAUACCUACUGCAGCUCUUAAACUCACCAGCUUUGAACUCAUCGGCCAGCUCUAGAAACGCCUCAGCUGUCACCACUCCAAAUAGUUUUCCAUAUAGACUGGCUGUUCAUUAUCUGAUUAUUGGCAUGACCGAAACCAUCCAAAUAGGCCAGUUGACUGACAUCGAUCCAUUCAUUUCCGUGGUUGAAGCAUUAUUUGGAUCAGGAGAACGCAAUAUUGCCGCGUCUCUCUGCCACAAAUACUGGACUGAAGACUGGGUCACAUCCACUAAGCGCCAGCAGCUAUUACAGGUUGCCGCCUUGCGCUUCCCGGUUCAACCACACCCGUUGGUUCGCCUAUUGAGGGCAUUGUCUGGAAAUGGUAGCGAGACGAAUGUGGCCAGCAAUCCUAUCCGAGACGUUUGCGUACGACAUGUGUAUCACUACCUUGCUCAGAUGAGCGGUUUCGCGCAUAUUAUUCAAGCAUCAGACUUGCAGGGCUCGGCUUACGACGUCAGGUCCGAUGUGGUGCUUAAUGUUAGGGUGAUAAACCUACCUGGUGGAACCAGUUUGCCUGCUAGAACCAUAGGCCAAAUGUUAAGUAUGCGCAGUCCCGGUUCUCCUUUGGCCGUUCGCUGGUCCCAUACCUAUUCUGGAUGGCGCGUAUUAUUGGACAUCCUACUAGAACAUCUGCGCAAGGCACACAAUAUUGGAUCUAGCCAAGCCGUUACACGUCACACGCAUUUAUCUCUGCUCGACAUUGGGAUGGAAGACAGCAGCAUCAAUUCGCUUAUAUGUGAUAUUUUAUCGCUAUUUCGUUGCGUCACCGAAGGCAAUAUUUCGUUUGCUCGUCUACUAAUGGAAAACAUAUCUGGGGAGAUAGACGAAACUGAUGACCUUGCAUCUCCCGAUCUUGUCCAAGUCGCCCGAAUAAUCCUGGAGAAUUGCUUAUCCCAAGCAGUCCCAGCUACUGUUAAACUUGCUACCAAUGCACUUGGAAUACUUAUGGCACUGCUCCCUGUGUACCCGGGUCGAGUUUGGCCCUUCCUCCGCUCAACACAGCUCCUAUUCAGCACUUCACUAUUCGCUUCGGAGAGGGCGUUGGGGAUCUAUCCCAUGACUACCGCCAUCGUCGAACUUGUUGGCGCCCUGCACAAUGAAGCCCAGGUAAUGGCUCUCCGACACUCAAGUCAACGCGUGCUUCAGCACAUGAAGAGCGAUGUCCUCCUAAAGGGGUUGACUUUCAUUCACAACGAGGUUUGGCUGAUGUAUUCCGGGUGGCGUUUUGCUCAAUUGUUAGACCGCUUCAAUAUUGGAAGUAAAGUGGCCGAAUUGUACUGCGCCAUUUUGGAUGGACCGUCUGGUUCACUGGGCGAUGAUAUAUUCGAACCUCUGACCUCGUUUCUUGUGGACGCUUUCCUUCAUAAUGCCACAGUUCCCUGUAUCAACCCCUUGGUCUCGGCCAUAACUAACGGCCACGAACUCUUACGCUCCUUGAAUCAAGCCCACCGAUUUGCCGAAGCCAACUCGCUCUCAAAACUCCUGUUUGCACACCUCAGAUUGAUCGAGCUUCUGAUUUCUCGAAAGAAGCCCGACGCAGGCAUAUCUUUACUGGAACAAACCCUUUUUACACUUCACAAGAAACGGUCUCCAAUUGAUGCCAUCGCGCUACUGGUAGAAGACAAACUCCUUCCACUACAAGCAAUAAACGUGCUUACCAUUUUAGUCAACACGCCUAUUGGCAUGAUUUCCCAUCUUUCCUCCCCUCGACGAACCACCGAUGCAUUACUUCACAUGGUACAACAUCCUUACGACGAUCUCCGAGUGAGGGUGGCAAUUUGCACAUUCAUCUCUCGCUGCAUAGUUUCGCAGCCUGUAUUAGCCAAGCUCUUCGUUUCUGGAGAGUUCAAGGUCACAAGUGACAUAUCCUUGGGAAAUUCGGGAGUUUCUUCACCUGAAGUAGGUUCACGUUUGACUGUUUUACCAAUCGCGCUCGAAAUUGUAAGUAACUGGGAGCUCCUGUGGGAUAGCAACCCAGAAUUAUUGUCCGCGGCCUUAGAAAUCCUGGAUAGCAUCUGGGAACGCGCGCUGGAGCACACUGGUGCCCUCGAAUUGAUACGAAAGGGCACCCAGCUAUGGAACGAUCUGUGUGCUUUGGCCUCCAAGGAAUUACGCUUACCUGAAGCUGGUACAACCAUCACGCAUCUCACUAUCAACGAAUCUGUCAUCGAGUCCGACCUUGAAGGUCUACCUAAUACGUGCUAUCAGUCUGUGGUCAAGGCCUAUGCUGUUCACAUUAUUUCCCUGGAUAUUGCCUUAAUUCCAAAGAAAGACGGCGCGCCUACUCCAUCAAGCUUGGCCACAUUCGAGAAGAGCUGCAAGGAUAUCAAGCCACUCGUCUCUCAUGCGGUGCAGUGUGGAUUUGUGUUAGAUUCCACUCAAGAAGUUCGCAAGUUCCUAGAUGAAAAUAUACCAGGCUUCGACCUUGAUGCAUACAGAAUAUUGCGCCUUGGUAUUCCCCAGCAAUUUGGCGAUAACUACCUCAUAGACCUCCCCAAGGUUAAAAGAAGCAUAUGGCACUAUUUCGAGAGCGAUACUGGACGCGAAAGCUGGAACAGAGAGCUUCUUCGACAGCUAUGUCAACUAAACAUUGAGUGGUCUUUGAUUGACUCGCGGAUAUCGUUAGUCCGCUCUUGGGUUCGCCUCCUUACUGCUGUUGCGCCCUGGUUCCGCACCAAGCCCUCCCUACGUGUCAUGCUGGUCGACUGUGCCUCGUCUGUAGCCAAGCUGACUGGUGACAUUGAGCAACGUGGCGAUGCGAUGGGAUCCGUCCACACAGAACGCAUCAACAUCCUGGUGGCUCUGGCUGAAGCAACCGGGUCCUCGAUAUUCACGGAAAGUGAUCUUGUCAAACACUUCGUAACCUUCUGCGAGCAUAUCCAACUCACUAUUAUUAACCCGCUCUUCCCGCCUCUUGAAUCAAUUCAAGAAACACCGAACAAAGGCUUCCAUCGUAGCUUGUUACAAGUGAUCUACUUCACAGCCGUACACGCACAGCGGCUUUCGAGUGCUGGAUCCAAAUUAACAGCGGCUCAACGCCAACUCAUAGUUUCCGCUACUACUUCUGCGCUCGACUUCGUUAUCAGCGCCCUGCGCGUGACCAUCGAUGCCGCCCGUUCCACGCUCAAUCAAGAUAUAGACAGUGAUAUGCAGCUGCUGACUUCCACUUUUGGACAACUCGUUAAACCAGAUCUGCUUCCCAAUUCCUCAGCGUGGCUCGCUCGUUGCCAAAGUAGCGACAUUAUACGGGCCAGCCUCGAAUUAUUCGUCAGGCUUGACCUUACCGGCCAGAUGUAUCCAGAACAGUAUCGUGCAAGUCAUCAGGCACUAUACGCCCGAAGUAUUUUCGACCUCCAUACAGUCCUCGCUAGCUACCCUCACUCUGCUGAACGCUUGGCUCACGAAAACAUUUUGCUUGCAUACGGUUCGAAUCAACUCGCUCCGGCCCUAGAGGCAGGAGUUGUCGAUGUGAUCCAUGCAGAAUUACCAGGUGAACGGAGCCCCGCCCAUCGUACAUGGUGUAAAAUGUUACGAACCACAACUGCACUUAUUGACCCCCUCUCAUACAACUCUCAUUUUGUCGAUGUUGACGUGACAAGCUUUGUGCAACUUUACCGGCGGCAGAUCAUGCGUACGCUUGAAUGGAGUGUGGGCGACCCACUUACGGCCCCACUGCUCGACGAAAUGACCCAUGUCAUUGAGCUCUUCCAUGCAAUUGCCGAAGUUGCCUCACGGAACAACGGGAAAGCCGGGGCAGCUACUAUUUUGGGAAGAGACUUUGUUCGGAUCGCGCACCGGCUUUUGCAGCACCUUGGCUACGCGCUCGCGCACCCCAACCAUGUCCUUGGUCUAUUGGAGCCAUUGACAGCCGACGAGCGUGCGCUUAUCGAAACUGAUGAGGCGGCAAACGUGGAGACCAGUGUCGGGAUCGUCGACCCUGUGAAACGACCCGUUUUGGCGCGUGUUGGAAUGACGCUGUUCCGUAUUGUCUCAGUAGUGAUAUCUACGGUGAUGCUUUUCGUUAAAGCAGACGACGUGAUUGUGAAGAUGGAUGAAACUGAAUGGGAUCGCUCAUGGGAAAAGCUUCAGCCCACUGUGUCGGUAUCUAUUGAAGAAAGUUCAUCUAUCGGGACGAUGAUUGAGCUCGGGCGUACUGCCAUCGACGUACUUCGCCACUUGAAUUCAUUCAAAACGCCCCCUGCCCCGUCUCAAGGAUUGACAACGCCACUCCUUGCUCUUCCUAAAUUCGAACUCAAAGCAGCUCAAUCUCAGGUCCAGGUAGCCUUGGAAUUACUACUUGCGUAUAGUACCUCGCAGAUUGCGUUGUGGCUCCGAUCGGAGGAUAGCGAACGAUGGGAGAGGGAGAUAAAGGGAACAGUGGCUGAGGACGUUCAGACACUGUUGAGUAGAGCUGUAGGAGCAGUUGGUGGGAAGGAUUCUGAAGGGGCUGGAUUAUUUGAGGUUUUGGCAGGGUUUUUGGAGGGCAAGUUGAGCACAUGA